UUUUUGCUCUAGGAAAAUCACCUCACGAAUUACAUGGAACGUACUCCGUGGGAAUGCCUUACCGACAAGCACGUCCUAGUUCAUGCACCAUCGCUACGAAAUUUUGCGAAAUGAAUUUCCAGUCGCCAGAAAUUUUGCGAAGGAGAAAUGAACUUCCAGUCGCAAGACCGGUGUAUUGUAAAUUCGCCCUGUUGCUCCCUCUUGGCUUCAUCACGUCACACGUUGUCUUUACGCGCCUAAAUGUUUAUUCACGUACACAACUGACAGAAUAUACAAAAGAGACAAAUAUUUUUAUAAGAGUUGGUUUCGCAAAGCGUUCUAAAUAAAAAAAACGAAACGUGUCGUCUCGAGUAGUGGAAGUAGCAGUGGUGUGGAACAAACUUCCAGUUAAAUGAAUAAUUAGGGUUCAGAGAAUGUAUCAACAAUAAAGCAAGAGUCUUUGUCAAGUGUGCACGAAAGUCAGAGACUUGCAAUAUGGGUAUCACUGGCUUACUCCCAUUUUUGGAAAAGAAAACUGCAAAAAAAGUGUCCCUCCAGGAUUUCUCUGGGGGGACAGCUGCUGUUGAUACUUAUUGUUGGUUGCACAAGGGUGUUUAUACUUGUGCUGAUAAAUUGGCAAUGGGAGUGAAGACUGAUGGAUAUGUCACUUACUGUAUGAAUUACGUUACCCUGUUAUUAAAAUUCAAAAUAAAACCUAUUUUGGUAUUUGAUGGCCGCCACUUGCCCGCUAAAGCUGAAACUGAGCUUAAACGAAGAGAACAGAGAGAUGCAAACCGCAAGCGAGCUACAGAGCUGAUGAAGAUGGGUGAAGUUGAGCAAGGAAAAACCCUAUUGAAACGAGCAAUUGACGUGAGCCAUGAAAUGGCUUUAAAUGUAAUCAAGAAAUGUCAGGAAUUGAACAUCGACUGCAUCGUAGCCCCUUACGAAGCUGAUGCACAAUUGGCGUACCUGAAUAUCUCUGGAAUAGCUGAUUUUGUCAUAACAGAGGAUAGUGAUCUCACCCUCUUCGGUUGCAAGAAAAUUCUCUUCAAAAUGGAUAAAUUUGGGUGCGGCACACUAGUGGAGCAAGACCGCCUGUACCUCUCGAUGGGCCUUCGUCAGGAUGACUUCAGCAUUGAUAAAUUUCGUCACAUGUGCAUUCUGUCAGGUUGUGACUAUCUCUCAUCUCUUCCAGGCGUUGGUCUUGCGAAAGCUCUGAAAUUCGCCCAACGAAACAACGACGAAGACAUCUACAAUGCCCUGGGUCGUCUAAGUACAUAUAUCAAUAAAAACGUUGUCAUCACCAAAGAAUAUCGUGAGGCAUUCGUAAGAGCAUUGGUGACUUUCAAACAUCAGUUGGUUUACUGUCCCUUGCGCAGAAAACAAGUGCGACUGAGUGCAGUACCUCCAGAGGUGACUCCAGAACAACUUAUUCAUGCUGGAGAGCCCGUGGACGAGGAUUUGGCUUAUCAACUAGCUCUCGGCAACUGCAAUCCCUUUGGAUUCAAGAAAGUCAAUGAUUUCGAUCCUGAUCAUCGAUUGCCUCCAAAAAAGAAGACAAAUGGCUGGCUUGAGACCCCUUCUGCGAAGCAUUCGAGCAUCUGGUCCAAGAAUUUCAAGGUAAGAACUCCUGUAAUAGAACCUGCGCCUUCUGAAGCCACCAACUGGCCAGAUACAGUUGGCAAGAGUGUCAUGAUGGACACCAAGAGUGUUAGGAGAAAGAUCAGCCCUUCUAAGCAGCGAAUAAAUUCGAAAAGUUCAUGCUCUAGUCCUGUAAAACGAUCCUCUGAGCAUUUGGAUAGAGAAUUAAGCAAGGAAGAUUUAUUCAAACUGUAUGGAAACACCAAAAUGAUGAAGAGUAGUGAGAAAGAACCGGACCAGGAGGAAGAGAAGAGUGAGAACGAUGACAACUUCUCAACACCCACAGCUUCACCGAGAAAAUUCAAUCCGUUUUUAAAGAAGUCAGCAGGCACGGAAACCUCCCCAUCGUUAGUUCCACGAGGUCGAAGACGUCCUAAACACACUAUUAUUGCUCUUCACCCCACAAUUGUGGAUGAAACAGUUGUCACUGCGAGUAAAUUUUUUUCUGGACCGGGCAUCAGUGGGGAACAUAAAGAAGAUGUGAUAAUCCCAGAGACUCAGGAGGAAUUAAUAUCUCCGGUUUUACGGCUGAAUGUUGAGAGGAAAUAUAUCAGGAGAAGUAUCAUCAUUCCAGAGACUCAGGAGGAGAUCAUUUCUCGCAAUUCAGAGGCUGAAAGAUUUCAGAAUCAUGUGAUAAUACCAGAGACUAUCUACACUGAAAUUAAUGACGAGAUGGUGUCUUCGCAAGUCCUGGAAGUCACAGAAAAGAUAAAGGAAAAUGUGAUAAUUGCAGAGAUGAGGGGCGAGAAUGAACCGUUGAAGAAUAAUUUAGGCCGCGAAGAGGUGAGAAGAAGAGGCGAUGAUUACCGAACCCCUAGGAAUAGUAUCGAUGGAGCGAAAGUCAAUGUGAUAAUCCCAGAGAGCCCUGAGGACGAAGAAGAGCUACCUUGCAGUCAAGGUUCUUGCAAGGAGAAUGAUGAUAAUGUAAAUGUUUUGGUGAAGGAGAUAGUCCAGCCUUCGGAGAAAAAUUCUAUAUCGAGGACAGACUCCGGUGUUGACAUGAAGGAGGAUACGACUGAAAAGAACAUCAGCCCGGACUGUUCUUCCUCAGAGUUCGCUGCUAAUUUUGCAAUAGCUGAGACGAGAACGUCAGGAUUGAACAUUAUGAUCAAGAAAUACGGUUUGAAGAGUCCCGCUGAAAAAAAUAACCGGGCUCCAAGUCCUGAUGACUUCGAGCUCUUCAGGACUACUGAGCCGGUCAAUAAUCUGAGGAGCAAUUUUUUCAAUGGAUCGAAUACCAAAAGCCGGGAUAGUACGACGCAUUUUUUGAAUCGUAGAGUCAACUCGCAGAGUAAAAUGAACUCACAGAGUAGUAAAUCGAAAGGCGCGAGGCGUUUACAAGCGUCAAAGAAACUACCUUCGGUUGACUCUCAGCAGAGUUUACUGAAUAUGUAUGGAUUUCGAAAGAAAGAUACUGUUACACGCUGAUCUGGUCAGAAUUUUACGAGAGAUAGCUGGUUCUGUCUUCAGACAAUUGAAAGAAACAGAAUCGUGGAAGGUACAAAUGGAAUGAGAAGGUUAUUGCAAAGUAUUUUUUUUACAAUUAUUGUUUAUUCGGAAAAUACCUUUUUCUGUGAUAACAUUACAUCGACGGCAUCACAUUUAUGUUGAAGCCAAUUAUUACUCAAGGGAAUGGCUAUCCAUUCCAUUAUUACAUUUUCUUCCGAUAAUUGUAGAAACUUUUGGUAUUGAAUUAUUCCACGUGAAUUAUUAUUUUGGGGAUUAUUAAUAUUGAUACUCUAUUUCAAGACUGGUGCAGUCCAUGACUCAAGGAAUACGCGAACAAACGAAAAAAAACUGCCAAUUGCAUUUUUUAGUGGAAGAGUGUAGUUCCUCUGUAUAAGCAGAAUUUAAUGAUUUCUCAUGAUCGAACUUCAUAAAUUUUAUGUACAAAUUCAUUAUUUAAUUUUCACAUUCCAAUUUAUUUGUUUUCAUCGAUCGAUGGGCAGUUCAUUAUGUAUCUACGAUUUUGAUAAGAGUUUUUUCAUAAAGAUAUUGUUACAAAUUAUGCUGACUGGUUGUUUUAUUCAUGCAGUUGGUGUCCGUCGUAUGUAAAGACCCUUGAUUAUACCAUGAACUCGACCCAGAUACUCAACUGUUCCUAAUAAAACAAAGACAAAGAUCUUUUGAUUCUUUGAAAAUUUCAUUUGUCAUCACUUAUGGGUAAAAGGAAUUUCUGCCACGUUCUGGCUAAGGCCAGAUAGCUGGUGUGAAUGUACUAAAGAAUUACCAUGUGCCACAUAUAGAAUUGACAGUGCAAGUAUUAGUUGAAUAUCAUGUAAAAAUACAGAAUAUGAGUGAUACUCACCUAACACAGAGGAAGCUUCCAACCAGGAGGACACCCUUGUCCAUUCAUAGGUACAGGUGUUCCCUGGGCUAAGGAAAUACAUCCGAUGCCAAUAGCAAUCACGAAGAAGGAUAUUUUCAGGAAAGACAUAUCGCAGCUGCAGAAAUAAAAUUGCACGAAUAAAAGGAAAUAUUUCCACUGUUGAAGUUGUUAUGAUUUCUCCUGGCUCGUACUCGAGCUUAUAUAGAUCCGAAUGAGAGACUAUUAGCGCUGUCAAUUUUAAACAUACGAUGACAUGAGUUCCCGAUAACUUAUUAAUACAUGAAAAUACUAUAUCAACAUGACAGUGACUAUGAAAAAAAAUGUUAGAGGUGCCACGACACUACUUGUCAGGGAGAAUAAAGGCUCCAUUAAUAAGACCAUUAGACUCAUAACGAGGACACUUGCCUAAUUCCCAUAAUGAAACAUUCCAGCUUCAUAAUUGAGUUGAAAAAAUGGUUCUACGUUUUGUACAAUUUUCCAAUCGUUGAAGAAAAAUUGCCGAACGACUUAAUGUUUUGACAUCAGUGAUUUAUCCGAUGGACAGUUUCACACUCUCAGCUGGGCAAUUAAAAAGAUAUGACUCACCCAUGCCCCCCGCCCCCUUCCGUCAUAGAGAAACGUAUUAUUUUUUCAUAUCCAAAUGAAUUGAACAUUUAAUUUUUUUGAUACAGUUGCUUCAUUAUGAAAAGCGCUUACAUUUCUGGCCAGUAUUACAAUUAAUUAUUCGAAUCAGGCGUUACUCUUGACGCGGGCAUUUCGCAAAAAAUUUUAUUAAUAAAUUCAUCAAUUGUCCAACUAGGGUUGAUGACUGAACUAUUGCUAUAACUUUGGCGCGUUUGUUAUUGACGCGUUUGUUCUUGACAAAUUACCGACACGUGUUAUCGUAUGUUUAGCGAUACAUAUUUAGCGAUGACUCCGAGCAAUUGGGUCAAUAUAAAUCGAAGUGCGACUCCGGGAAAAAUAUUUCGAACUUCAGCGUUGGAAGUAUAACAUCAAAGAUGUACAAUUUUGUUUGUAACGCUGAGUUUGGCUCUCCGAAAGAGCAUGGGUGUCGACCACCCUGGAAGUUUCCUUUGUGUUGAUUUAAAAAAGAUGCCAACGAGAUGUUCAAAAAAAUCGGGGAUCUUGCCAAUGAGACGAUGAAGGGAAAGCAGAAGGCCUUGAAGGACAAGAUUGAUGCUGCACUGGACUUUAAAAAGGCCGCGUUGAAGAGUGUCGUACAAACGGUGGAUACAAAGAAAGCUAUCAUUAAAGAAGGUUUCAAAUUUAAAAAAGGAAUGAUCGGCGUAUUUGUCGACAAGGAUGGCAAGGAGGACAUGCGUCUGCCUGACGAUGAUGCCGAACCUGUGCCCGCUAUCAGCGAACUUAAAGAAUCUGAUGAAUUAUAUUACCAAUAAAUUACUCGUCAGUUGCACCGACAUGGACUCUGUCAUAGAAAUACGUUUGAUUGAUUUACUGUGAUAAUAAAAGAAAAUUGAACGAUA